AUGGCGCGUGCCCUCGGCUCCCCGUGCCCCCCGCUGCCACCUGGUAGGAUGUCCUGGCCCCAUGGGGCACUGCUCUUCCUCUGGCUCUUCUCCCCACCCCUGGGGGCUGGUGGGGGCGGCGUGGCUGUGACAUCGGCUGCUGGAGGGGGCUCCCCACCAGCCACCUCCUGCCCCGCGGCCUGCUCCUGCAGCAACCAGGCCAGCCGGGUGAUCUGUACGCGAAGAGAGCUGGCCGAGGUACCAGCCAGCAUCCCUGUCAACACGCGGUACCUGAACCUGCAGGAGAAUGGCAUCCAGGUGAUCCGCACGGACACAUUCAAGCACCUGCGGCAUCUGGAGAUCCUGCAGCUGAGCAAGAACCUGGUGCGCAAGAUCGAGGUGGGCGCCUUCAAUGGGCUGCCCAGCCUCAACACACUGGAGCUGUUUGACAACCGGCUGACGACGGUGCCCACGCAGGCCUUUGAGUACCUGUCCAAGCUGCGGGAGCUCUGGCUGCGCAACAACCCCAUCGAGAGCAUCCCCUCGUACGCCUUCAACCGUGUGCCCUCACUGCGGCGCCUCGACCUGGGUGAGCUCAAGCGGCUGGAAUACAUCUCAGAGGCGGCCUUCGAGGGGCUGGUCAACCUGCGCUACCUCAACCUGGGCAUGUGCAACCUCAAGGACAUCCCCAACCUGACAGCCCUGGUGCGCCUGGAGGAGCUGGAGCUGUCGGGCAACCGGCUGGACCUGAUCCGCCCAGGCUCCUUCCAGGGCCUCACCAGCCUGCGCAAGUUAUGGUUGAUGCAUGCCCAGGUGGCCACCAUCGAGCGCAACGCCUUCGACGACCUCAAGUCGCUGGAGGAGCUCAACCUGUCCCACAACAACCUGAUGUCGCUGCCCCACGACCUCUUCACGCCCCUGCACCGCCUCGAGCGUGUCCACCUCAACCAUAACCCUUGGCACUGCAACUGUGAUGUGCUCUGGCUAAGCUGGUGGCUCAAGGAGACGGUGCCCAGCAAUACGACAUGCUGUGCCCGCUGCCAUGCACCCGCCGGCCUCAAGGGCCGCUACAUUGGUGAGCUGGACCAGUCACACUUUACCUGCUAUGCGCCUGUCAUUGUGGAGCCACCCACAGACCUCAACGUUACCGAGGGCAUGGCCGCCGAGCUCAAGUGCCGCACGGGCACCUCCAUGACCUCCGUCAACUGGCUGACGCCCAAUGGCACCCUCAUGACCCAUGGUUCCUACCGCGUGCGCAUCUCUGUCCUUCACGACGGCACGCUCAACUUCACAAACGUCACCGUGCAGGACACGGGCCAGUAUACAUGCAUGGUGACGAACUCAGCUGGCAACACCACUGCCUCGGCCACACUCAAUGUCUCGGCCGUGGACCCCAUGGCAGCUGGGGGUGCCAGCGGCGGUGGGGGUGGCCCCGGGGGCAGUGCUGGUGGAGGGGGCAGUGGCGGCUACACCUACUUCACCACAGUGACUGUGGAGACCCUGGAGACCCAGCCUGGAGAGGAGACCCUGCAGCCACGGGGGACGGAGAAGGAGCCACCAGGGCCCACAACGGAUGGUGUCUGGGGUGGGGGCCGGCCUGGGGACGCAGCCGGCCCGGCCUCGUCAUCCACCACAGCGCCUGCUCCGCGCUCCUCAAGGCCCACAGAGAAGGCAUUCACAGUGCCCAUCACGGACGUGACAGAGAACGCCCUCAAGGAUCUGGACGACGUCAUGAAGACCACCAAGAUCAUCAUUGGCUGCUUCGUGGCCAUCACCUUCAUGGCUGCCGUGAUGCUCGUGGCCUUCUAUAAGCUGCGUAAGCAGCACCAGCUCCACAAGCACCAUGGGCCCACACGCACUGUGGAGAUCAUCAACGUGGAGGACGAGCUGCCCGCUGCCUCCGCUGUGUCCGUGGCCGCUGCUGCCGCUGUGGCCAGCGGAGGGGGUGUCGGUGGGGACAGCCACCUGGCCUUGCCCGCUCUGGAACGCGACCACCUCAACCACCACCACUAUGUGGCAGCUGCCUUCAAGGCACAUUAUAGCAGCAACCCCAGCGGCGCGGGCUGUGGGGGCAAGGGCCCACCCGGCCUCAACUCCAUCCACGAACCUCUGCUCUUCAAAAGCGGUUCCAAGGAGAACGUGCAAGAGACACAGAUCUGA